ACGCGCUGUUUACAUCACCCGGCGAACGCGUUGCGGACGUGAGGAGGCGACCAGGGUUGGGAGGCAGUCGACAUUUCAUGCUGUUUUAAUGAGUCAAGUGAUUGUCUUCAUAUAUUUAAUCGAAUAAGGGGUUCGAUAAGAAGAUACGAGGAUGACUUUAUCAAGAUUUCUGCGAGUUGCUUCGUCUGUAAGCAAGAGAUUAUCAACGAGAUAUGGCAGAAGGAAUCCGACUCUUGUCUCUGAGGCAAAAUACAGUGUUGCAUCAGCAGUAAAAGGUGUGAAUGCCGAGUUCCGUGUUGGUGAUGAAGUGUCAGGAUUUGCUGUGAAGGAGAUACAAGAUGUUCCAGAACUACAGCUAACAGCAAUUCGCCUCCAGCAUGUAGCCACAGGUGCCGAUUACAUGCACAUUGCCAGAGAAGAUUCAAACAAUGUGUUUUGUGUGGGGCUAAGAACUACUCCCAUGGAUUCUACAGGUGUGCCACACAUUCUGGAACACACAGUCCUCUGUGGGAGCAACAGUUACCCUUGUCGAGAUCCUUUCUUCAAGAUGCUUAACCGAUCUUUAUCUACUUUCAUGAAUGCUAUGACUGGUAGUGACUAUACCAUUUAUCCCUUUUCCACUCAACAUCCUAAAGACUUUUAUAACUUGAUGUCUGUGUAUUUAGAUGCAGUGUUUAAGCCCAACUUAUCAGAGCUUGACUUCUUUCAAGAAGGCUGGAGAUUGGAGCAUGAGGAUGUAAAUGAUCAGUCGUCUCCAAUUGUAUUCAAAGGCGUAGUAUUCAAUGAAAUGAAGGGAGUAUUUGCUGACUCACAGCGUCUUUUCAUGCAGAAAUUGCAGAAUGGUCUGUUGCCCUCACAUACAUAUGGUGUUGUUUCAGGGGGGGAUCCACUUUCGAUUCCUAGUCUGACUUGGCAACAGUUGAAGGACUUCCAUGCUUAUCAUUAUCAUCCAAGUAAUGCUCGAUUUUAUACCUAUGGAGAUCUGCCACUUGCUGAGCAUCUAAGAUUUAUUAAUGAUAAAUAUCUUCAGGAAUUUUCCAAAAUCAACCCAGGAACUGAAGUGCCUGAUGAACCAACAUGGUCAGAACCAAGAAGUGACCACAUAGUUUGUGGCCUUGACCCCAUGGGUGCAUCUGAUGCACAGAGUAGCAUUGCAGUUUCCUACAAGUUAGCAAGUAUAACUGAUCCCUUUGAGACUUUUGUUCUUCAGAUCCUUGGGGAGCUUUUAAUGGGUGGUCCCAAUGCUCCCUUCUAUAAAUCACUGUUGGAGCAGCAGUUAGGCUCCAGUUUUUCCCCCUCUGCUGGGUUUGACAGUCAUACCCGGAACACUACAUAUACAGUAGGUCUCCAAGGGGUCAGAUGUGAAGAUACUGAAAAAAUCAGAGAGGUUAUAGAGGAAACAUUUGAUAAGGUGAUAGAAGAGGGUUUUCCAAAGGAACGCAUUGAGGCUGUGUUACAUAGUAUUGAACUUGCUGUCAAGCACCAAACUUCCAGUUUUGGUCUUGGCUUGGUGAUGUCCCUUACACCACUCUGGAAUUUGGAUGGUGACCCAGUGGAGGCUCUGAAAAUCAACAAGAAUUUGGAAAAAUUUAAGGAGUGCAUCCAACAGAACCCUAAAUUCUUGCAGGAGAAGGUCAAGCAAUAUUUCAAAAAUAACAGUCACAAAUACACUUUAACAAUGGCUCCACAGGAAAGUUAUGAGAAAGAAUUACAGGAAAAAGAAAUUGAGCUUCUUAAAAGCAAGAUCGAAUCACUUACAGAGGAAGAUCGAAAGAGGAUUUGGGAGAUUGGAAAUACACUAACUAAGAAGCAAGAAGAGGAGGAGGAUAUUUCAUGUCUGCCAACUCUGAAGGUAUCGGACAUUAACCGUAACAUCAUUCCAACACCAGUAACUAACAUCAGCCUUUCUGGUGGAGUGCCAGUUCAAAUAUGCCAUCAGCCUACUAAUGGCAUUACAUACUUCUCAGCAGUCCUCAAUACCCACAACAUUCCUGAUCGUCUCCACUCAUUAGUACCAUUAUUGUGCGGGGUCCUUACACGAAUGGGUGCUGGUGACUUGGAUUUCCGCCAGCUUGACCAAGAGAUAGAUUUGUCAACUGGAGGUCUACAUGCUGCUACCCACCUUGUCAGACACCCUAUUGAUGUUGCACAGUAUGAACAGGGAAUUCUCCUUUCCUCUCACUGCUUAGAUAAAAAUUUGACCCGCAUGCUCGAUCUAUGGACAUUGAUAUUAAAUCAUAUUAAACUGGAUGAUUUGCAGAGGUUUGGAACACUAGUCAAGAUGAUUGCGACAGAUCAAGCAAACAGUCUAGUAUAUUCUGGUCACAGAUAUGCUAUGACUGCUGCACAAUCAUCCACAAGUUAUGUUUCAGCUCUCAGUGAACAGUGGAGUGGAUUGACAAAUAUUCGGCAGAUGAAAGAGUUCAGUGAAUUGGAGGAUCCAGGUGAGGUUCUUGAGAAGCUACAAGAACUGGCUCAGCUGCUACUAAAUCGAGAGCAGAUGAGAGUGUCUGUUAACAUGUCAUCAGAUAAUCAUGAUGGUGCUGUUAAAACCUUCGAAAAUUUCUUAGCCAAUCUUGCAGGAGACCCAAGUCGUGAAUCCUCUCUGAUAAAUUUAACUGAUUCCUACACCCCUCACACAUCAAGAACACAUCAUGUAUUUCCAUUUCCAGUAAAUUUUGCAUCAAAAGCCUAUGCAGGAGUCCCUUACGCUCACUCAGACUGUGGAGCUCUACGUGUGCUGUCUCGUCUGAUGUUCCGCUUCUUGCACAGGGAGAUCAGGGAAAAAGGAGGUGCUUAUGGUGGUGGGGCUGCUUAUUCUCCAGGUGGAAACUUUUCAUUUUAUAGCUACAGAGAUCCCAACUCAACUCAGACGUUAUCCACUUUUGAUGCAGCUGUGGAGUGGGUGUUAUCAGGUGGGUUUUGUGAGAGAGAUGUUGAAGAAGCAAAGUUAGGGGUGUUUCAGGCUGUUGAUGCCCCAGUGGCUCCUGCAGCAAAGGGGAAACGCCUCUUUCUUUCUCAUGUCUCAGAGGAACUCUUUGCCGACCAUAGGAGACAGAUUUUGGAUACAUCACCUCAAGACCUAGUGAAAGUAGCUCGUAAUUAUCUAAGGGAUGCAUCUAUAGAAGGGGCAUGCCUCAUUGGUCCAGAAAAUGAGAAAAUUGAGCAAGAUCCAUUCUGGCAAACUGCAAGAAACUAAGUAAUAAGAUUUUAGAGUGGAUGAAAGUUUACUCUGAGAAUUGUAAGAAAGGAAUUUAAUUUAGCUUCCCUCUUAUAAAUGUCAUAUCAUGGAAUGUUGAAUAGAGAUAUUGUAAAUAUAAUAUUGUAUAUUAAAUUUGUACAGUAAAUAUGUGAAAUAUAA